GUGAAACGGGCUGACCCUGAGCGACAUAAUCUCCUCUUCCUGCAGAAACAAAGUUCCUGAAAACCCUCUCGCGUGGCACGGCAGGUGCAGGUACAAAGUUUGAGCUUCUUAAAGGCCUGAUAUCACCUGUAUGAGUAUGGAAUGAAUCUUCUGACAAGAAAGGAGCCUGGAUUAUCAUCAGUUUUCUCUAUUGUGAAUUAAUCUUUGGCUGGGUGUAAAAGGACUCAGUUUGCCAGAUUAAAGGAAAUAGAAGAAUAAUAAAACAAAAGUGUUCUCUGACAAGAAUGUAACCAAUUGCAGGAAAUAACCAAACAGCUGUGAAGGCCCAGGUGAUGGAAAAGGCAAGCAUUGCAGUUGUGUGUUUCCUGCUCUGGAGUGUAAUCCAGGACUGCUAUAUAUGGAACAGCAUUUGUGCAGCAGAGCUUGCCUCAAUGUCCAAACUCCUCAUCACUAGGAACCCAGAGAACAUCACUGGAGCAUGGGGAGAAACAGCGACCAUGCAUCGCACAAUUCAGGGAUUCCCUUGGCCAAAUGUCACAUGGUACAAAAACAACCAGCCUUUAAAUGGUGUCAGGGAACAUAAAUAUGAUGACAACCGACACAUGUUAAUAUUACGGAAUACGUCUUUAGAAGAUGAAGGCCUCUAUCACUGUGAAGGGAAUAAUAGGAUUGAAAUAGUAACUUUACAGGCAGCAUAUCUCCUGCCUGCUGCAAUGGAUCGGAAAUUUACACGACAAUGGAGCUGUGUCACUGUCAGAAGAGGAGAUGUCGGAAGUGUGGAGUGUGAACUGCCUUUUGACAACCCUGCAGCCAGGGUUAGCUGGUUCAACAAUAACCGAUUGCUGAGCAACCAGGAAAAUCUACACCUUGUCUCAAAGGAGAACGGUGACCUUGCAGUCAGCAGUGUUCAGGAAUCUGAUGCUGAGGAAUAUUUUUGCCGAGCUUUGAAUCCACACAUCUCUUGCACUGUGACCUCUCGACAGAUCAGUCUCAAAGUAUUAGUUCCACCAAUGACUGUCUCUUUCAAAACUGACCUCACUGUUUCAAAAGGGUUCUCUGCUGCUAUGACCUGCAUAGCCACUGGAAAUGGUAUCAUUGUUUAUCCAUGGUAUAAGAGCGGCCAUUUAAUUAAAAACUCUGAAGGAAAACACAGGAAUAAAGGACAAGAGAUGUUGCUGAUUCCUAGGGUUAAUCUGGCUGAUGAAAGUAUAUAUCGCUGUGCGGCUUCAAGCACACUGGGAAGAUAUGAAAGGACUGGAAGAUUAAAAGUGCAUGUUCCACCCAGUAUUCUGUUCCUCAAUGCCUCAACGCAGGUUCAUCAUGGGUUGGAAUUUACACUGUUCUGUGAUGUCUCUGGAAUUCCAAAGCCUAAUAUCUUCUGGUUCUUCAAGAACAGGCCUUUAAUUGCCAGUGAUUGGCCCAACUUUCUCACAGAGAAUGGGAUACUUACAAUAAGAAAGGCAAUGCAAAGUGUUGAAGGUAUUUAUGAAUGUGAAGCUGUGAAUGAAGCAGGGUCAGCAAAAAGAUCUGUAGCUGUAUAUAUUGAAGCUCCAGAGCCAGAUGAUCUUUCCAUACCAGCAUCCUACAUCUCUGCUCCCACAAGUUUGGCACCAGAGGAAAACUUCAUGCAUUCAGACAUUCUGACAGCUAUUGUGUCUCCGUCAAGUUCAAUGAAAUCUAAACAUCUGCAUCAUUCUCAUUCUCCUUCCUCAAAAGUAAUCAGAUCAUUGCCUGUAUCGGCUAGCUCAGUAACAUCACUUGACUCACAGUCUUCAGCCCCAGAAGCAGUUGUAGCUUUAAACAUUGCUGUAACAUCUACAGUUAAACCAUUUCCAUCUGCAACAAUGCUUACAGCGAGACCCUCUCCACCUUCAGCAUUAGCAGCAGAGAGACCUUUCCAAUCUUCAGAAAUGACUACAGGCAAAAGCUUUCCAUCUGGGAAAAUAUCCACAGUGAAUCCCUUUCAAUCUUGCGUAAUAUCUGCAAUGAAACUUUUUUCAUCUUCAGCAUCAGUUGCAAAGAGGCCUUUAUCAUCUCCAGUAGCAUCUACAAUGAAAUAUUUCCUCUCUCCAUCAAUGUCUUCAGUGAGGCCCUUUCAAUCUCAGGCAAUGCCUAUAAUCCCAACAAUAUCUAUAAUGAAUGCAUUCUCAACUUUAACACCUUUAGCUUUAGGUUCUCCAUCCCUGGACACAUCUCUCCUUAUACAACAUUCUACUCCAGUGGAAGUUGCUUUAAAUCCAGCUAGAGUUUCCUCAACAGUGAGUGGCACAACACAAACCAGCAAUGCUAAUUCUUUACUGGAGAUAUAUCUGUCUUCAAACCCAGGAAGAACAACUAUUGUCACGCAGGAACAACUUCACCUGCUUACAAGGAAUUCCACUCUGCCAUCACUUAGGACAUACCUGCGCUACUUGAGUAAAGAGAUGGCAAAGUAUUCUUCAGAACCAGCUUGGAGUUCUAAUUGUACCACAAGCCAACCAUUUCGCUCAUCAGCUGGAACCAUUGGAAUCAUUAAACGGGGAGAAACAAAACCAAAGGAGUCCUCUUCAUAUUUUGCUCUAGAAAAGCAUGAUAUUCCCAUUGUGGUAGGCGUCACAAUUUCCCUUGUGAUGAUAUUUAUCACAAUGUGCAUCUAUUCUGUAAGGCAGAAGAAAAACGAGAGCAAGGAGACAGAACAACGCUUGCUGCGUAAUUCCAGAAUGUCAUGUCAGAACAGAGAUCGCUUUGAGAUGCACACACAUGAAAACAGAGCAUUUGAGGAGGACAGUCCCAGUCAUGCUGUUGAGCAAACUACUCAUGGGAGGCCAAAUGUAAUAGCUUGCUCUCCAAAGCAGUCAUCAGUCAAAGCCAUAACAGUGACAGCGGAAUUUGCUCUGGUCAGUCAAAGUGAGAACCUCUUCUCCAUCAGUGGAAACAACCACCUCCAGAUUUCAAACAAGGAUUCUUCUAAAGGAGAGCAACAGAAGGCCAAAAUUGCCAUUCCCAGCAGGAGUAGAUCAUCUCUUUCACAUCAUGAAGACAUUGUACAGGACCCAAACACUUGGAAGCAAAAUACUUUAUUCCAGGAAAAGCUAUUGACCUCUCUGCUGAUGGUGGGACUGAAUAGGAACUCUUUCACAGAAGAAAAUCGGAAAAUAGAGCUGCUAACUCGGUCAAACUCUAUACCCUGUUGCACCAAAAAGGCAUCAUGGAGGGUGGAACCAGCUCUUUUCAAUGCUUGCUCCCAUUCUGACAAAAUACAAGGAGCCUCAUAUUCCAGUUUGUGGACUAUUGAAAAACAGUCUAUGAAACCCGGAAUGGUGCAGCUUCACACCGAGGCAACUUCAAGUGACUUGUCGAGAAGCUUUUCUAGUGCUGCAGGAACAAGCACAGGGAUUAAAUCUGUUGCUGCAGAUGUUCUCAAGUACUCCCAACUCCCAGCGGCAUCAUCCCUUCCAAACCCAGUUUCCAGCAGUGCAGCUGUGCAGCUUGCGUCGGUUCCACGUAAACAGCUAGACGGACUGGAUUAUGAAUGAUUGACAGGAAAUAGAUGAUAAAGCACGAAAGGCUGGUUUGCCUCAACACUGCGAAUGUGGUAAAUGGAAGUUGAGGAGGUUGGAUAGCCUUCAGUCACCUCAAAUCAGAGGACGCAUGGAUCCAUCAAGAAACCGGAUCCCAUUCAAGAAGCUAAUAAGGUGAAGGGUGUGCUCCUGGUUUAAGAUCAUUCAUCAAAAAAUGGCAUUCUUUUUGACAAGAAUAUUUUUAUUUUAAGUAUCAUAACAUACAAUCUUUCCACAGUAAGAAAACUUCCAAUGAAUUGCAUCCAUCAUAUCAAACAUCAACAUUGUACAAAUAUUUUAAUGAACCUGUGAUAUCCCUAUGUGUCCCUUGACUAUAAAUUUACCAAAGCAAGUGACAGUGAAGAAUGAAAAACAAAACUAAAACGGGAGCAACACACUUGACUGUAGCUCCCUGAUCCCAGUAGAGAAGCCCUUGGUAAUUACACUGAAAGCAGUGUUUCACUUGUAGACAAUAUCUCCAGAACUUAACGUCUCUGCAUCCCUUUCCAAAUCUAAUGGCAGUGUUGCACCUUCCUAUCAAUAGAAAUUGCCAGUCCCUCCAAAUGCACACUUUUGCAGGUCACCAUUGAGCGUGUAGUAAUAUUUAGAUGGCUGUUUGAUUGCCACAUGAGGGCAAUUAGCUUCCUGCUCAUCAAAAUUGCUAAUGGCAUCAGUCAGUAUCAACUGUGGCAAUUUCACUCUUGACAUUCAUCCCAACAAACAUAUAUCAGGAUCAGUGCAAUCAAUUUUUGUCUAACUCCCAACAGUCUCUCUGAAGAGGGAGAUCAUUGAAGAGUCCUGCAAUUAGUAACAAGGCCACUCUGUUUUGCAUCAUUUUGUCAAACCACAUCAUUCAAUGUGAAGACCAAUUCAUCCAUUCUACUUGUGGCAUAAUAGAAUCUGUGGAAGAUCUAUGAUUUAAUCAACUUCACGCAUACACAAUUACUAGCUUGAAAAGAUCAACAUUUAAGUGUGAAAGGUGUAUUUCUAAAAGUUUUAUAUAUGUGGCAACAAAUCUUCUUUAAAUGUUCUAUAUCUUUCAUGUAAGUCUACAAUAAGUCAAUACUUUUACUUGAAAGUAAGAAUGAAUUUCCAUUGCCUAAUGAUCACUGAGUAAUUUGUCAUCUUCUGUUACAAAAUGGUAGGAUUAACAGUUUCUGUUGAUGGAAAUGUUUACCAGAGCACUUUGUAACCACUCUCAAUGGCAACAGUGACACGAGAAUGUCAUACGUGUUAGUCAUUAAACCAUGGUUAUCUAUCAUGCAACUAUGCCACAUCACUUACAUCUGGAGUAAUUAUGUGUUUUUGUUAUAUCCUAAAUGUAAAUUGCAUGAGCCACUCACCCCCGUGACUGUUUGAGAUAAUAUAAACCCUAUACAGAUGUGUCCUUUGGUCAAAGACAAUCAAUUGCCUAACAUCAUAACAGGAAUGUGUUAGACCCUCAGUGGACUGGCUGCAUUUACAUUGUUGUUGCGGUGCUGUUAAUGACGAGUAGAUGAUCCACUUGUUUCUGUCAAUUUUAUACCAACCUCAGUCUUUCCCUCUGGUUAAUAUGCUUACUUUAAUUAUUUUGAAUUCCCAGUUACACUGAAACUGAUAUGAAGCAGCUGAAUACUACAGUAGCAGUUAAUUUGAGUCAGUAUGGAGUGAUGCAUUGUUUAGAGUGAAAUGCCCAUUAUUCAUGUUAGUCCAUUAUCAGGUUACAGACAGCAUUCCGUGAAAAGUAACAAGUGUGUACACAGAACGACUGAAAAGACAGAUCAUAAAUAACCUAAAUUAGUCUGAAAUUGGUGAAAGUGAAUCUGGGUAUUAAUAUAUAUGUAGUAAUUAUAGUGAAACAGAUACAUGCAGCAAUAGAAUAGGAGAAAUAAAAGACAAUUAAAUCUAAAAUUGAGUGUUGCGAAUCAACAUGACAUUUAGUACGAUUAGUGCAGCAUAGUUCUGCUGAGACAAGUAUUACAAAUACUUGUGUUACACCAUUGGUAUGAGUGUUGUCUAAAUGAAGGAAAUCGUUUGUGUUAAACAUAGCUGGCAAUUGACCUUGCCUCAUUAAAUUGCCGUUGAUUUAAUGAGGCACUUUCUUUUGUAAACUUUCUUUGUAUUGCGGAAAG